AUGAGAAUUCAUUUUAAACAAAGUGUCCUAUUAAUUAUUUGUUUGAUAUGUAUACUUAUUGGAAUUUAUGCUUGGCAUUGGUGGCAAAGAUAUAAAUUAAUUAUCAAUCAUUUUAUUCAUCCAACACCUAAAACAAAUUUCAACGAUUUAGAAGAAGCUAUUCUAUUAGAUAAUAAAUUCAUAUCGAAAUGUCAAUAUUUUGCUCAAGGCAAACACUCAGUUGUGGUUGAUAGUAAAGGUUAUCUUUGUGAACGUCGUCAUUUAGAAAAGACAAAUAGUUGUUGUCAAAUACAAUCUUCAUCUAUUCGUGGUCCAUAUAUUUGUGAUAGUUGUUUAUUAACUACUCAUUGUUGUAGUUUAUUUGAACAUUGUAUAUCUUGUUGUCUUAAUCCUGAUCAUCGUAUUCAUCUUCAAAAUUAUAUUCGUUCUCGAGAUUUAAAAACAAGUUUACUUCUUUCAUAUUUAUCUACAACAUUUGAUAUUUUGUUAUUCAUGAAAAUGAAUAUAUUGAUAUGA